UUUUCCCCACCCUUCUCAGCCUCUCCGACGGCCGUAGCCACGCCGUCUCCUCGUCCUCGACCUGCCGGAGCUCUCCUCUAUCACUUCCAGUCCCCUCGCGCCCUUCGCAGAUCCAAACUCUGCUUCCUCGGAAGCUCCACACCGCCGCGAAGCUAUGCUCGCCGCGGCCGCAGUCGCGGCGUGUCCUCCCUCGGUGUUGUCUUCUCCGGUCAGCAUGACCAGGAGGUUUUCUUGGAGCUGUCGAGCAGAACGGAUUUCAGCUGGGUACUCCCAAUUGGAGGUUAGAAAAGUCAGCUACCGACCUCCUGGAACCGAGCAAAACUUGUUGAAUCAAACUAGUCUUUCUCUCCAGGAGAAAAGUUUUGGCUUGAUAUUUGGACGGAGUGGGAGUGGAAAGACUACUCUCUUACAGCUUUUGGCCGGUCUAUCAAAACCUACAUCUGGUUCAAUUUGCAUUCAGAAGUAUGAUGAUGGUGGAAAUCCGAUGGGUCCGUCAGAAUUAUUAGCUUCUCAAAGAGUCGGUAUUGUUUUUCAGUUUCCUGAGAGGUACUUCUUAUCAGAUACUAUACUUGAAGAAGUUACUUUUGGAUGGCCGAGGCAAAAGGCAGACAGUCUUUUGAGGAAGCAACUCACUUCAAAACUCCAAAAUGCCAUUAACUCUGUUGGUAUGAGUGCCAUUUCAUUGGAUAAAAAUCCACAGUCCCUCAGUGGUGGGUUCAAGCGACGACUUGCUUUGGCAAUUCAACUGGUUCAGACUCCUGAUUUAUUGUUGCUUGAUGAGCCUCUUGCUGGUCUUGAUUGGAAAGCUCGGGCUGAUGUUGUGAAUCUCCUGAAGGCCCUAAAGAAAGACCACACGAUACUGGUUGUAAGUCAUGACCUAAGAGAACUAUACCCACUUGUAGACCGCUCAUGGAGAAUGGAAAUGGGGGGAAUUUUGAAGGAGGAAUCUUUACCUGUGUAAUAUGCUUUUGUUCGAAUAACUGUCAAGCAUGCAAUGCUAUUUACGAGGAGUCCCCAUUUCAGGUAUCGACGUAAGAUUAACUGCUUCACUAGGCUUAACACUAGAAGGACUUAUCCCAAUUAGCUGGUUUUGUUUCUGCACCUUGCGACCUCGGGGAUCCUCUACAAGUUGAUAUCUUCCUUCAGCAGCAUUGAGGUCAUCUGAUCAUCUGCUCGAUUCUAGGUGGCUGCUGUGUGGUCCCACGGGCGUAUUUCCUGGCUGUUGUGUGCUUCUGGUGGAGAGCGGAUGGGCUGAUGGUUGGUGCCGCCAUCAUGUUUUGUGCUUGGCGGUACGUGUUAUACUAUUAUAGCCUUUGUGUGUCUCAGGUGGAGGAGAGUUGUAGCUUUUUUUCUUCUCUCUGGUGUAUCGCUGUUCUAUUUGUCUCUUUCUCCAGUUGUUGUUCUGCUGGUCUGCUUCUCUCCUGGUUUGUAUAUAUGUAUCCUGAGCCCUGACUC